ACCUCCUAAGAAAAUUCUGAAAAAAAAUUGCUUAGUUGCUUUUGUUUAGAAGAAAAUUAUAUUAAAAAGGUUGCUGGCUUAGCUAUUCCUUCCUUUCUCCCAAUCUUUGUUUCCAUGUCUGUCUGAAUUCUGAUCUCUUCUUCUCUCUGCCUGCAGACACAAGCAGGUGACUCCUCCAUCCUCCCAAAGCAAAGCACCCAUGUAUCCCGCUGCUGCCGCUGCUACCUACAAGUGCACCCUGCAGAAGCUGCUUCUCCUUCUCCUUCUGAUCUGAGGAGCUGCAGCUGCUGCUCCAGCAGCAGAGGCUGCAGUGCAAUCCGCUGCCAAAUUCCUCUUCUUCUCCUUCCUACUAGCUUUUCUCUUCUUCUUCUUCUUCUUCUUGGAAAGCUGGAACUUGGAGCUGCUUAAGCUUACACCUGCUGAUUCAUCUCCAGCUGCUGCUGCUGCUGAUUCAGUAUUAUUAUGUGUGGAGAUGUACAGUAGAUGAGGAGGAAGGAAGUAGCUACUGGAUAGCUAGCUGAGCUGAGCUAAGCUGAGCUAAGCUUCUUGGCUAGGUAGGUAGCUAGAGGUGAGGUGAGGUGGGGGAAGAGGGGAUUGGACAUGGAGGAUCUGUACAGCAUCCACCCGGGAAUCUCCCGCGGCGGCGGUGGGGGAGGAGGAGGUGCGGCCAGCGAGGCGUCCGGGGUCGCCGGAGGGGGGAGCUCGCCGCCGCAUCCCCCACCGCCGGCGACGACGGCGGCGGCGGCGGAUCUGACGGAGCUGAUGAAGGCGCAGAUCGCCGGCCACCCGAGCUACCCUUCCCUCCUCUCCGCCUACAUCGAAUGCCGCAAGGUUGGUGCGCCGCCGGAGGUGACCACGCUGCUGGAGGAGAUCGGCCGGGAGGGGCGCGGCGGCGGCGGCGGCGCGACAGCCGGCGGGGAAAUUGGCCUCGAUCCGGAGCUCGACGAGUUCAUGGAGACGUACUGCCGGGUGCUGGAGCGGUACAAGGAAGAACUCACACGGCCGUUCGACGAGGCGGCCUCCUUCCUCACCGGCAUCCACACCCAGCUCGCCUCCCUCUGUGGCGGCGCGCCGCCGCCCACCGACAACUCCGAUGAAAUGGUGGGGUCUUCAGAGGAUGAGCCGUGCUCAGGAGACGCCGAUGCAGCAGAUUUUGGGCAAGAACACAGCUCCCGCUUGGCUGACCAUGAGCUCAAAGAGAUGUUGCUCAAGAAGUACAGUGGCUGCCUCAGCCGCCUCCGGUCCGAGUUCUUGAAGAAGAGGAAGAAAGGGAAACUACCGAAAGACGCGCGAUCGGCACUUAUGGACUGGUGGAACACACAUUACCGUUGGCCUUACCCCACGGAAGAGGAUAAGGUGAGGCUGGCCGCGAUGACUGGCCUCGACCCGAAGCAGAUCAACAACUGGUUCAUCAACCAGAGGAAGAGGCACUGGAAGCCAUCGGAGGACAUGCGGUUCGCGCUCAUGGAGGGGGUCACCGGAGGAUCCUCCUCCGGGACGACACUGUACUUCGACACCGGCACAAUUGGUCCAUGAUCAGAUUGCACUCCAAAUUAAAUGUAGCACCUUGCAACAGACAUUGGCAGGUAUUACCUGCUGCUACACCCUCUGUGAGGAGCAAGGGAUGAUCAUAUAUUAAAAGGAAAAAAAGAUGAAAUCAAUCAAUAACCUCAUCAUUUUGUCGAAAUUAUUGUGUAUAUGGUGUUGUAAGAGGGAGUUGGGAUGACCUGUAAAAACUUGCCUGCAUUCAGCUACCAUAACAUUAAUUAAUUGUUUGUAUCCCUGACAACUGCAUCCCCAGUUAAAACCAUUUUAGACAGGAAAGAGUGAACUAUGAGUAAUAGUAACAUGUAGCAAUAAUAAAGAUACUUAUUUUUUCCCUUGCA